UGUGCUGGAAGAAUGGCUGCUGCUGCUCCUCAACACGAUUUCAUAGACAAACAUGAGGAAAUUUUAGGAAGGAGAGCAACGCUGCUGGAGCAGAUGGAGAGUCACAGAGAUCAGCUGCAGGUCCAGAGGAAGCAGCAGCUGAAGGAGGUUGAAGCGGCUCACCACAGGAACCACACACUGCUACAGGAUUUACACAAGAUAGAGGAACGUCUCAGAGGGAAACACCUGCCACAUCCAAAUGUCCUCGCUCUGGAGACAAGAUAUUGGGCGUCUGUGGAAGAGUCCGUCCCAGCCUGGGAGCACUUCCUCCUGGGUAAAGGUCCACACCCCACUGACAACCCAGUACAGCCACCCAGGAGAGCUAAGAACCAGGGCCUGCCCCCACGCAUGCCCCCCCGCCCUAAACCCAGUCCUGCUAGAUAGGUGAGCUCUGAUUGGGAUGGUACUCCUGUAGACUUUGUUCGUCACAUGACGCAGAUGGAACUAGUGCUGGUGAUUGUAUGAGAGGAUCACAAAGCACUAUCUACUCACAAGAAAGAAAUGAACAGUUUAUUUUUUUUAAAGUCUAACAAAGAAAUAUAGUUUUCAAUGGAAGUAUUUUUUCAGUUUAUUAUUUUCCUGCUCUUUAAAGUCGUCUUUCAACCCACAUGAAUGGUCCAGUAAUCUUUGAUAGCUAAGAAUAAAUUAAAUGACUUAAAACAAUGCUUACCUUGUGCCUUCAACCCAUUAUUUUAUUUUUCUCAGUUUUCUUUUUUGUUUAUUCUUUUGAAUUACCGUACCUUUUGACAUAAAGCUUAGUAGAGCCCUGAAUUGGUAGUUGUAUUGAAACCAAAAUGUAGGCAUUGGGACAGCAGUGAUGUGUGCACAGUAAUUAACAUCAUGCUAUGUCCAUCUUGACAAUGAGGAGGAGAACAGGUCAGUUAUCAUCUCAACAGCAGUGAUUAAAGUAUUAGUGUGCUGAUCAGAUAGUCUGCUGUGUACAUGUCAAUCAGUUUAAAAUCAAUAUAAUAUAAUGUCAUGCAGUGAAUCAGUUAUAAAGUUGAACUGUUUGUAAAUAAUCUAGCUUUCUCUUAUAUGAAUGCAGAUGUGAGCUAGGUUUGAUCUUCAGUGUUACUGGAAAGUUUUUACAGAGUUCUUACUGAGAGCUGUUAAACCAGAGCGCAGCUGUACUGUAUGCAGUGCUAUAUAAAAACCACUAGAGGGAGUCACUCAGACUGAUAACUAUAACAAUAACUAUACAUUUAAACAUAAUGAUGUUGAGCAUCCACACUUAUGAACUAUGACUUAUACUUGAGCAGUAGCAGGAACCUGGCUCUCUUAAACCUAAAUGGAAUGGAACCCUAAUUAAAGUCAUUGCUAAUAUCUGUAUUUGUCCUAUUAUUUCAUGUCAAAAUGACUGCUGUGAAAAAGUGAAUUAUAGCAUGUUGUUUAACUCAUUGGAAGCUUGCUAACCAACUUUCAAUCACAUCAUUCCAAAAUGCCAAAGAUCACAGAAUUUGACAGACAUCAAAUCUUAAUUUAGCAUCAGCAAAACCUCUCUCAAAGAGAAAUCAGCAAACUAACUGGAUCCUCAACAUGUUGUAUUCAAGCGGGUAUGAAGAAGAAUGAGGAUGUUUUUAUUUUUCAGGAUGAUAAUGAUCCCAAGCACACUGUUCAUGCACUGAUAUCAUACUUGGAGAGAAAAACAACUGAUCAAACCUCCUCCUCAUCUGGCCUCACACACCCCUGAACAAAAGGAAAAAGCGAUCAGCUGAUCCGGAGUCAUUGUUAAUACCAUCCUUCAGACAAAAAUCAUUUUAAAAAACCUACUCGGACCGCAGCAGACCCAUACUGACUGGACUUGUAAGUAGGCAGACGUUUUUUUUUUUUGUUUCCCUGAUUUAUUUUAUUUUAUUUUGAACAACUGAAAAGAACUGAAUUGACAAAUGAGCUGAGCUGAUUUAUUUUUUAAGUAGCGUUGAUUUAUUUCCGAGGACUGGUCUGAUUUAUUUUAUUUUAUUUUAUUUUAUUUUAUUUUAUUUUAUUUUAUUUUACAAAGGGGAAAAAAAGCAAAUUUGUGUUUUUUUCCUGUUUUGAGUUGAAUGCAAACUUUUGUCUCCAUAUGCCAAUGUGGUUUAUUUAAUUUAUGGUUGUGUAAAAAGGGUGUUAUCUGUGAAAAGCUUUCGUCCUUGUGUGGGCUUUGAGUUACAGACACGCUGACUUCAUAGACAGACAAUCAUGACAGGAGAGAGACCUGGCUGGCACAAACUCAAACCAUCACACUCUCAGUCAUGGACUGACCUCCACAGAGUCCAGACCUGAAUAUUAUAGAGACAGUAUGGAGUCACCUGGACAGAGAAAGACAUAAAAACUCUGGGAAGUGCUGAAAGUAGCCUGGUAUAAUAUACCAGAAGAUUACUUCGGAAGACUUCAGGACAGUCUCCCUUAAACAGUUCAACAUGUGUGCCAAGAGAGGUCCCACUGAAUGCUGACUUAUGCCUGUCGAAACCAUUUUGUUGUGAAAAUGGUGGUUUUGUUUAUUAAAUGUAGUGUUCUGUAUGUCCUGUA